AUGCCCAAGGCCGCCGCCAAAAGCAAGACCACCGGCAAGGUCGAGAAACGCCGCGCGAAGAAGGACCCCAACGCCCCGAAGCGUGGCCUCUCUGCCUACAUGUUCUUUGCCAAUGAGCAGCGUGAGAAUGUCCGUGAAGAGAACCCAGGCGUUUCUUUCGGUCAGGUUGGCAAGAUCCUUGGAGAAAGGUGGAAGGCUCUCAGCGACAAGCAGCGUGCCCCCUACGAGGCCAAGGCUGCUGCCGACAAGAAGCGUUAUGAGGACGAGAAGCAGGCGUACAACGCCGAGGCCGACGAGGAGGAGUCUUCCUGA